AACAGAUUCAAGACCAUUGUUUUUUUUUUUACCAAUGUGCCGCGGUCAGAACGUCGACGGCUCGCCUUGCAAGAGCAAGAACUAUCCUUACAACGGCUUCUGUCAUCAGCAUCAUGAACAGGAUCUGAGCGGCGCCGCCACACUCGCUUUCACCGACCAAGGCACAGAAAACCUCAACAUCGCCGUUUCUGCUCUGAACAACACGGCCGCUGUCACCGCCAAUGCAGCCAACACGAUUGCGGCCAUGCAAGAGCUGAUUGAGAAGACGAAGGAGAGCAAGGCUGAACUGGAGCGCAGCGCGGUGCAGCGCGAGCAGCUGGUGGACAAGCUUUCGCAACGUUGUGAUGUUUUGCGCGACACGAUUCAAAAACAGACAACCGACAUGACCGCCGCAGCCGAGGCGAACAAGAUCAUCACAGCCGCUUUGGCUGCUGUCAAAGCUGAGCUGGAUGCGCAGAAGGCAGAAGUUGAAAAACUCGACGCCGAGGUCUUCCGCCUUGAGUUUGAGGCAUGGCUACCGUCUGUCGAGGCGUCAAUUGAUUUGGACGACGACUACAGCGUGUGGUCAGACCAUGACCCUGUGAAGGAAGUCGCAUGGGACAAGAUCAACGAGAAACUGAUCCGCGGCCUCAAAGUGGAGUUCAAAGACCCGAUUGAACUGCCACCCCCGUCGACGAGCAACCGCCCUGUGAGCCAAGCUGGUAACGCUGCGAUUGCGCGUCUCGCGUCGAGUUCUGCUGUCUCUCCGUCCACCGUCGCCAAGAAGAAGAACAAGAACAAGAACGGCAAGUCCAAGAGCUCUGGCACGAAGCUUCCUCAUCCCAAGCAAACUGUGGGAGACGUGGUGUCUGCAGAUGACUCCGACGACUCCGACUUUAGUUUCUGAGCUGCACUAGAAUUGUGUUGUUUGUUCGUCCUGCCAGCUUGUCCUGCUUGUUCCUUCACAAUUCAAUGGUUCCCUUUUCCUUCACAAUCCAAUGCAUCAUUCCAUGUGGUACCCCCUUUGAAACGAUA